GUCACAAAUAUGGUAUUAUUGUCCGUGAAGAAGUAUCACAAGUGGGUGUGUGUAUCCCGAAAUCAAGGAAGGUAGAUUCCAAAGCAUGCAAAACUUUUUUUGUACAUUUUAUCCAUUAUUAUCAUGUUCUAUUAAAUUAACCAAGUUCUACACGUGAAAAUAAAUAGUCAAAAGAAACCGAUCAAUAUUCUGAGAGUCAAGAAGGGAGAGCAAGGAUUUCCGGAGUUACUCUGUCAGAUAUAAUUUAAGACUCUGAAAUAUGGCCACUUACGGGAAAGGUGAAUUUGGAGGAUUCUCCUCAUAUCAGACAAGUGAUUCACCGACAGCAACAGGAGGGGCAGGGGGAAGUGAAUUGUCCAGACUAACCAACACCAUCAGUAGUAACAUACAAAGAAUCACACAGAAUGUGGCACAGAUACAGAAUAAUGUAUCCAAAAUUGGGACACCUCAGGACUCAGAAGAAAUCCGUGACAGAGUACACCAGAUUACUCACAAUACAAAUCAAGUGGCUAAAGAUACAAACAAAGAUUUAAAGCAGUUAGCUCAUCUGACAGUUCCUCCAUCAGAACAGAGCAAAUGGAGGAUGCAACGAGAUCGUUUGACAGAUGAGUUCAGUACAGCACUAAGAAACUUUCAAACCAUUCAGAGGACUGCAGCUGAGAAAGAGAGAGCAAGCGUGGCUCGAGCAAGGGUUCACUCAGGAAACUUCUCAAAGUCUCCCUUUGAAGAUGAAAGUCACAGCAGAGAUGAAAUGUCAAUGACCCCAGGGUUCUCCCAGACCCGUCAGAUUCUACAGAUGGAGGAGGAUGUUGAUCUUGAAAUGCUGCGAGAGAGGGAGGACGCCAUUAAACAGCUGGAGAGUGAUAUCACAGAUGUGAAUCAGAUCUUUAAAGAUUUGGGAAUGCUGGUUCAUGAACAAGGAGAGAUGCUAGAUUCCAUAGAGACGAAUGUGGAGAACUCUCACAGUCAUGUAGAGAGCGGUCAGAAACAGUUGUUACUGGCCAGCUCUUAUCAGUCAAAAGCACGCAGAAAAAAAUGUAUAUGUGUUGUCAUCCUUGUCGUAGUAUUAGCUGUCAUCGUAAUCAUCAUCGCUGCAACACUGGGCGCUAAAAAUAACUAGAAGAAAUCUCGCAGGAAAACUCUGUAUAUCCUGGUUGUCGUGGCGAUUAUCAUCAUCGCUGUGUCGCUGAUCAUCUACGCCAUUGCCAGCUAGUCUGUUACCAUGGUAUCAGUGAAAUGGCAUUCAGUAAUGGCUAACUUGUACCAAGCUUGUCACAUAGUUAUGCAUUUCAAUAUGUCUACAUUGAUGGAUAUAUUUACAACUUUUGUUUUUUUAUUAUUAAACAUACUUUUGUUCUCUGCUUAAUAGGUCAAAUUAUUAGAUAUAGCAAGGAAAGAUUUUUAAAAUAAAUGAAUUCGAUAUUCCUUGUGUUUUGAUAAGAGAAGGUGGUAGAUCAUAUGUCUACAUGUAUAAACAUUCCUGUAAAUGAAUGUUAGAGGAGAAACCUGUAUAAUGUAAAAUGACUGAAAAGAGUGGGGUGUUGUGUUAGGUUUAACAUGUAGUUGGCAGUAUUUUCGCCCCGAGAGAGAGAGAGAGAGAGAGAGAGAGAGAGAGAGAGAGAUUCUCUUCAUUUAAUCAUAUCAGUGAAAACUAAGAUUUAUCAUUCAUGAUAUCUUGUUUAUUUAUGAACUAUUAUCCAAUUAAUCCUGAUGUAAACAGAAAUAUCUUAUACAUGCCCAGUAUGUGACAGAAGUCAUUAUAACUGAUAGGCUCUGGUAUUUCUUUUGUCUAUGUACUUCUGCUGUUUAAGUUAAUUAUUACCAAUUAAGUAAUAGCAUCUUUCUGUGAAAGGUAACAACUUAGCACAGUGAUUUCAGUUAGAAAUUAUAUGAUGAGUGAUUGUUUUAUGAAUUAGUAGGAUAUAUUUAUUUUUGUUGAGUUUUGAACCAGGUGAGUGUUACAGCCUCUGAGCCCCUGCCUGUUAUAUUUCUGUUAUCAUUGUGUAUGUUGUCUUAUAGAUCACAAAUAAAGUAAAGUAAAACACAGGA